AUGAAUCCACCCUCACCUUCAGGAACCUUGUCCCCGCAAAGCGAAAACUCUACAGGUCAUCUUCAGAUCCCUGAAACUAGGGAUGGAUUCUUUGGAUACACCGAAGAAAAAAGUCUUCAGCAUAUCGGAGAGAAGUAUUGGGCUCAUCGAAGAGGCUCCGACGUUCCUUCAGAAGGUCCCGCUGCUUCCUUCGCUGGUGGCAGCCUACAAAUCUCUGGUCUUCACGCGGCUAUGGCCGAAAAGGCGAAUAGUUCUAGUCCAUUCACUGAUGAUGACGAGGAAAAAUCAGUCGCAGAAUCUACUGUACACGAUACAAUCAGCGCCGAACUAUUACACAUGUUCCAGUCUUUGCAAAAAUGCCUGGAACUCCGUGAUAAAUAUAUGACAAAAUCAAGGCAGAGACUCGGUGACAAUCCGAGAGACUACGAUGGCGACUUCAUGGGGCUGAACGACGAAUGUGCUGGCGUGUCUGGAGUCCGGCCGGACGCGAAUUUUGCUGCAAACCAACCUCCGCCUUGGUCUCCAGAACGUUGGGCAAUAUACCCUCCACCUCCACCUCCGCAUUGGCAUUGGACAGACAUGCAACAGGUCAUCAGCUCGGACGGUCGUCGUUCGCCGGAAGGCGAAUUUAACUUCAAGGAAUGUCAUAUACCUGAGGGGGAUUCGAAAGAAUUCGCAAUAGACGAUACCGGCGUUUAUCAAGUUUAUGAUAAUGCCGCAAAAAAAAAAGCUAGAGAUCCUUGCUAUGAUAUUCCCAGUGUGCGGGAAUAUUUCAAAGAUCUGGACUAUGUUCUCAGCGUCAUCUCAGAUGGACCUACAAAAAGCUUUGCAUUUAGACGGCUCAAAUACCUAUCAAGCAAGUUCACGAUGUACAGCUUGAUGAAUGAAUACCAAGAAUUAGCUGAUAUGAAGAGUGUUCCUCAUCGCGAUUUUUACAACGUGCGUAAGGUCGACACACACGUUCACCACUCGAGCAGCAUGAAUCAAAAACAUCUCCUCCGAUUCAUCAAAUCGAAGAUGAAACGGACUCCGCACGACGUCGUUAUCUUCCGAGAUGGGCAAGAACUGACGUUACAGCAAGUCUUCGAAUCUCUUCAGCUCACGGCAUAUGAUCUAUCGAUUGAUACACUGGAUAUGCAUGCUCAUCAGGAUUCAUUCCAUCGGUUCGAUAAAUUCAAUCUCAAAUACAAUCCUAUCGGUGAAUCGCGACUUCGAGAGAUCUUUCUCAAAACAGAUAACUAUAUCCAAGGGCGGUAUCUUGCGGAGUUGACGAAAGAGGUCAUGACCGAUUUGGAACAGAGCAAGUACCAGAACUGUGAAUGGCGGCUUAGCAUAUACGGUCGCUCUGCUUCAGAGUGGGACAAUUUGGCGAAAUGGGUCGUCAAUAAUAAAUUAUUUUCUCAUAACAUUCGGUGGUUGAUUCAGGUUCCGAGAUUGUACGACAUAUACAAAGCUAAUGGAUCAGUGAAGACUUUUGAGGACAUCAUAAAAAAUGUCUUUGGGCCGUUAUUCGAGGUGACCAAGGAUCCCAGAACCCAUCCAGAGUUACACGUAUUUUUACAGCGUGUAGUGGGGUUUGACACAGUCGAUGACGAAUCUAAGACCGAGCGCAGAUUGUACAGGAAAUACCCGUAUCCCAGAUUGUGGGAUACGGAACAGUCCCCACCGUACUCAUACUGGGCGUACUACAUGUACGCCAAUAUGGCAAGCUUGAAUCGGUGGAGACAACAGAGGGGGUUCAGUACACUCGUCUUUCGCCCCCACUCCGGUGAAGCAGGCGACACGGACCAUUUGACUUCUGCCUUCCUGACCGGACAUUCGAUUUCACACGGGAUAUUGCUACGAAAAGUACCUGCGCUCCAGUAUUUAUUCUAUUUGCGCCAGAUCGGUAUCGCUAUGAGUCCUUUGAGCAAUAAUGCGUUGUUUCUAUCUUACGAGAGGAAUCCUUUACCGGAAUUCUUCAAGGUUGGACUCAAUGUGAGCCUGAGUACAGAUGACCCGCUCCAGUUCCACUUUACGAAGGAACCGUUGCUCGAAGAGUACAGUGUCGCCGCCCAUAUUUACAAAAUGCCUCAGAGUUCCCUUGCGGAGCUCGCUCGAAAUUCCGUUAUCCAGAGCGGGUUCGAAAUGGAAAUCAAAAGACAUUGGUUGGGACAACAAUGGUACGUUACGGGCUCAGCUGGAAAUGAUAUCAAUAAGACCAAUGUCCCGAAUAUCCGCCUGGCCUUCCGACACCAAACCUUACUGGAAGAGCUGGAGAUGAUUACGAAACCGCUCAAAGUUACACAUUCAAAACGGGCUGAAAAUGGUGUUGGGCCUCGAGGAAUGUUACCGAAUGCAGAUACGGUCGCUGCUAUGGGGAUGUGA